AUGGAGGGCGACCAGAGGGCCGAGCAGAUCCCCGCUGCGGCGAACCCGGCGUUCUUCGAGCUGGACGGUGACAAGGUGAAGCACGUGAAGUCGAAGCGGUUCCAGGGCGAGCACGGGCGGCGCGACCCGGCCAUCGUGCUGGCGGCUGAGGGUCACGCGAGGUUGCGCCUCAGCUGUGGUGGGGCGCCGGUGCUCGCGACGCCCGAGCAGGCGCGGCAUGCCCCUCGCGGCGAGGCAGAGAUGGUGGAGAACGAGGACCUCGUCAGGCAGCUGUCGCCAUGGCGUAGAGGACCUACCCUCCAGAAGGGCUUCGUGAACGAGUGCGGGCCUAGGCCCGAUGGGGGCGGCGGACAGCCUACCAGGCGUCGCAAGAAGGACGACAGCGACUCGGACGGCGAGGACGCCGCGGGAGGUUUGCAGAUACUGCUAAGCGUGAGAAGCCUCCUGAGAAGCAUGAUGCACCUGAACCUGGAGUGCUACCUGAAGUGCUGCCACUGCUUGGAGAUGGACGCGACAUGCAAGAUGUGGAAGCUGAAGAUCGACCUGGAGAUGGACAUGGCAUGCCAGGCGAUACAUCUGACGACCCACCUGUACCUGAUGCAGCUGGGCAGGGGCGCGCCACGGCAGAUCGUGAGCGACACAGAGUGCGUCGCGAAGCUCUCGAGCAGAAUCGACUCCCGAAAAACCGAAGACGAGACGGUCGACGAUGCUCUCUUCCUGAAGUUGAAGAACCGCUCGAGGGACGCAUUUCUGGCGAGGAGGACCGGCGCCGUGAAGAAGCAGGUCGCUUCUACGAAAGGUCGGGAGCUACGCAGCCUCCCGCGAGCAUGGAUGGAAGCCUUCGACGCGAGCGACCUUGUGGAGUGGCGCAAAUGGAUUCAGUGCGACGCAGUGGAGUGGCCGAGUGAGGCGAAGUCCCGGAACAUCGUCCCCGGUCACAAGGACAGGCGGCUGCUCGCGGGCGAAUUGCAGACGAACGCGCCGACGCUCACGGUUGCGACCGCGGUCCUCAUCAGCUCCAGGCGCGUGUACUUUCGUGUGCCCAAUGGAAGCACCCCUGCGGUGCUUAAGCUGGGAUGGCCGCUCAUCCCGGGUGGGGCCAUCCUAAAUGCGAAGAAGGGCAUAUAUGAGCUGAACGAUGCGCCUCUGCUGUGGCACGAGGAGCAUCGCGACGCCAUCCCAUCGCUUCCCAGGGCUUCGAAAUCCAAGCUGCGCCCGGCCCUCUUCAUUUUCCACGAUGAGAGGGGGGGGCUGAUUGGUCUGAUCGGGGCGCACGUCGACGAUGAUCUCGUCGCGGGGUCGCCCGAGUUCUCCGCGCAUCAGGCGGCCGAGCUGAGGAGGGCGCACUGCUGCGGUAAGUGGCAGACGGCGAAGGUGGGCUUCCACCACUGCGGGCGUUCCCUCACGCAGAACGACAACGGCGCGAUCACGCGCAGCCAGAAGGACCGCGCGGAGAGCGUCGAGAAGAUUUCCAUCUCGGCCGAGCGUCGAAAGACACAGGAGGCGAAGGUGGUGGAAAGCCAGGCGAGGGCCCAUGAUAGCCACCUGAAGGUGCAAGACAUGCUAGACUACAACAAGCUCGCGAGCGACGCCAAUACCGAUCACGUGGACAUCACUAUCCAGAAGUCUGACAUGGACAACGUGAUUGCGGUGGCAGUGGGUGACUCGAUCCACGGCAGCGUGGACAAGACAGUCACCCCUAUGCUGUGGCGAUCAUACCGCAUCAAGCGGUUGGUUCGAAGUACCCUGGCGGCCGAGACGACGGUUGUUCUGGAAGCGGCCGAGUGCGGCGGCAUGUUGCAGCAGUUCUUGGUGGAGUUGCACAACGGGCUGAGCUACCGGACCUACAUGGACGACGUCAAGGCGAUUAAGAUGGUGGAAGUCACGGACUGCAUGCCGGUUUAUGACUUUCUCCAGAAGCGAGGGUCGGUUCCGCCCGAGAAGCGGUUGCUGAUCGACAUAGGGUCGCUCAGAAAUGACAUUGAGUUCAACAACGUGGUGAGCAAGUGGGUGAACAGUAAGCAGAUAUUCGCCGAUUGUCUUACCAAGAAGGACGCCCGCGCUGGUGACUACAUGAGGUAG